AUGUUCAUAAAAACCAACAGUCACCCCACCCCCCACUAUAGCACAUCCCGCUUGUCGAACCUCCUCCUCUCACGACCCCUCGUCACCCCAAAAAGCGCUCACGCCCUCGCUGGCGUUGACCGCUUUCCUCCCCAAACCCCCCGCCGCGGGUCUCCAUCUAACCAAGUCAAGGUGGCUUCACGCGCAGUGGCAUCGCAAGGUGCCACGACUUUCACAUCCUUGGUUCAACACCUGCCCGACUCGCUGCAGAGCUACCUCGACGCCGCCCUCGUCAGCGUCAACAGCGCCUAUCAGCAAAUUCCCGAGCCCGCUCGAGACUACAUCCACGAGGCCGCUGAACGCUCGUACCUUAAUACGCCGGUUGGUCUUGCCGGAACCACACUGGUCCUUGUCGCGACUAUCGUUUCAAUGAGUCGCUGGGGAUCUAGCUUCUGGACUGGAGGGCAACGCUUGUCGCCGUUUAGCUCCAGAUCUCACGCCCCGCCUGUCAUCACUAACGACGACUUCUCCUACAUCACAUCGGAAGAUUUGGCGGAACCAGGCAGAGCAUAUGACCCGCUGUCUCGCCCGCCAGCCUCGAGCGAUUUAGAGGACGAUGUGCUGUUACUGAAGAACAAGGGAAUCACAUAUCCGCUGAAGUUCCCGGCAUUCAGCAUCGGCGAUGGGAAGCUGCUCGUUCAGGAUGUACGAGAGCGUGCUAUGGUGGUGCUUGGCAUCAGAAACAGGCCUAUAAAACUGCUAUACAAGGGGAAGCAGCUGAAGGACAACGAAGCAUUCUGCCGCGACUAUGGCUUGAAGGAUAAGUCUGAGGUCUUGUGCAUCGUGGGAGAGCCUCAGGCUGGCGACUCGGACUCGGGUCUCAGCGACACGGGGACCGGUGGGUCCAAGGAUUCAAAGAAGAAGAAGAAUAAGAAGGGCAAGAAGGGCAAGUCGGGCAAGUCGAAGAAGAAGAGCGACAAAGACGAUGUCAAGGAGGGGCAGGGGCAGGGGGCUGCUGGAGGAGGGUCACGGACAGACUCGCCAGCUAAUGCUCCGAAGACACCGUUAGAAAAACUGAACGCUAUUGCAUCGGACUUCCAUACGAAGAUCCUCCCGCUCUGUAUCGUAUACACGGCAAACCCACCAGAAGACCCGAAGAAGAAGGACUUCGAGCAUAAGAAGCUGGGGGAGACGAUCAUGACCCAAGUACUACUGAAGUUGGAUGGAGUUGAUACGGAGGGAGACCCAGAGGCCAGGCAGGUCAGAAAGGACCUUGUCAAGGAGACACAGGGAGUUUUAGAUGGGCUCGAUGCGGCUGCGGCACGUUGA